CAGCAGGUUCGGAUGGCGGCCCGGGGGCACCGCUGAGGCGGCGGGUUGCCGACCGCGGGGGCAGGUCCGGACGCCUGUGCAGCACCCAGCGCCCUCCGGGCCGCGGCACCGCGGGCCAGUGGAGGCGUGCAUCCCGCACGCGCCCACUCACAGAACCUGCAGCAGUAGCUGCCCCCCGUGCGUUCCGCGGGGCAGAGGCCCCUCCCCCACGGCUUCAGGUGGGGCCCACCGUCCGGACCCAGCCGCCCCGGGACAGUUUCCUGUUUGUGAAACCGCCGGAGGCUGGGGCUGGGCGGUCUGACCCAGCCGUAGCCGGUGGACGUGCCUACGGCCCCUCCUCCUGCCACACCUCCUUGGUCGAGAAUUGCGCUGGGGUUCUGGAGGACGUGACUGAACCCCUCACCCGCUCGUCGCCGGGGUGUGCUGGGGCGCCUCUCGCUGGAGAUGAAGAAUUUGGGGGCAGAGUACUUGGCAGGUCAUGAAGGGGUCCAGCUCUUCGGAUUGCUAAACCUCUACCUACAGCAGGAACAGAAAUUCCAACCUCGAGAAAAAGGGCUAAGCGUGAUCGAGGCAACCGCGGAGAAUGAGAACACUUUGUGUUCAAGAUUGAGAAAUGCCAAAGUAGAAGAUUUAAGGAGUUUAACCAACUUUUUUGGAUCUUGCACUGAAACGUUUGUCCUGGCUGUCAAUAUUUUGGACAGAUUCUUGGCUCUUAUGAAGGUGAAACCUAAACAUCUGUCUUGCAUUGGAGUCUGUUGUUUUUUGCUGGCUGCUAGAAUAGUUGAAGAAGAAUGCAACAUUCCAUCCACUCAUGAUGUAAUCCGGAUUAGUCAAUGUAAAUGUACUGCUUCUGAUCUAAAACGGAUGGAAAAAAUAAUUUCAGAAAAAUUGCACUAUGAAUUAGAAGCUACUACUGCCUUAAACUUUUUGCACUUAUACCAUACAAUUAUACUUUGUCACACUUCAGAAAGGAAAGAAACACUGAGCCUUGAUAAACUAGAAGCUCAGCUGAAAGCUUGCAACUGCCGUCUUACCUUUUCAAAAGCAAAACCAUCUGUAUUAGCUUUGUGCCUUCUCAAUUUGGAAGUAGAAACUUUGAAAUCCAUUGAAUUACUGGAAAUUCUCUUGAUAGUUAAAAAACAUUCCAAGGUUAAUGACACAGAGUUCAUUUAUUGGAGGGAGUUAGUUUCUAAAUGCCUAGCUGAAUAUGCUUCUCCUGAAUGUUGCAAACCAGAUCUUAAGAAAUUGGUUUGGAUUGUUUCAAGGCGCACAGCCCAGAACCUCCACAACAGCUAUUACAGUGUUCCUGAGCUGCCUACGAUACCAGAGGGGGGUUGUUUUGAUGAAAGUGAAAGUGAGGACUCUUGUGAAGAUAUGAGUUGUGGAGAAGAGAGUGUCAGCAGCUCUCCUCCCAGGGAUCAAGAGUGCACUUUCUUUUUCAACUUCAGAGUGGCACAGACACUGUGCUUUCCAUCUUAGACAUCUUGCUGUUCUGUGUCAGGAUUUAAAAUGUUAGUGUAGGUCUCAGAGCAAUAAAUGGGGGGGGAGUAGGUAAUUUCCUGGUCCAGCCCCGAUUCUGGCAGGAAUUGUGUAGACUGGAAUACCUACCUUCUAUUUAUUAUUCAGAUCAGAUCUGGCCUAUUUUCAUAUUUAGUCCUAAGCCAUCAAAUGGGUUAGUUAGUGCCUCUUAAACAAUUAACAAUACUUUAGACAUUGGCACUUUAUUUUUCUCAUUGAUCUUUAGCUAUUUGGGGGAGGAGGGAAAGUGCUAUACCUUCAAUUUCCUACUUCCCAAGAUUUUUAAAGAUGAAUAGUGUAGCUUAAACUUUUUGUAAAGCCUUCUGUUGUCUUUAUUUAAACCAAUAGGGAGUGUUCAAGUGCUUCCUUAGGGACAGUGGAUAACCCUGUAUUGGUUUAUAUUAGAUCUCCCUCCCCUCAUUUUCAGAACAGAGAAUAUACUCUUAAAUGUCAAACACCCUUUUUUAGUGUUUUUUUCCCUUACGGUUUUUAAAUGAUCAUUACUAUCUGAUGCAGACUUUUUAAGCUUGGGAAUUAUAAUACUGACAUUUCUGUGAAUUUUAAUACAUAGUCUUGAGGUAUCUGCUAAAGCAGGAAUAACCAAUAGAGUAGGUUUGUUAGAUAGUUGAAUUUCUAAUACCUAAGUAUUGUCACACUGUAGUUUUAUUUUAAUAAUAAAUCCAUAAUCUGCUAGUUUUGCAUGCACCUGUGUGAAAGCAGUUCAGGAGGUUGCACAGAACUAGGUAGCUAUGGAAUUAAGUAUUGAUCUAGUAGCACAUUUUAUCUCAUUUUCUUAUAUUAAAAAGUCUGCAUGAUUAUAUUUUAUUUCCUUUGUAGUUCAUAUUUCAUAAAUAAUCGUAUUAGUAUAUGGGUGCCAAGAUUGAAUAUGAAGUAAAAAAUCCCCCAAACAUUGUAGUAUUACAGUUUUAAGUGUAUCUGUGUGGUAGUAUAGCCAUAAGAAUAUAGGGGUUUAUAAACUCUGUACACAUGAGAUUUUGUACAGAGAAUUUUCUGAACUUUACAAAUUGUAUAUGAAAAUGUAAAUCUUAAAAAAAUUGUACAUAAAAAUACUGUAUUUUUUUACUUUGUGUGGUAGUUUAGUCCUUGCAUGUAAAUAUAAUUUAUUGUAUUCUGUAUUACAAAUCAUAUACAUUGGUGACAACUUUUUUUAACAGUAAGUCAGCAUCCAUUGGAUGUUCCCUGAAGUGGAUCUUUUUGACGUAGUAAUAGAUUACAACUCAAAAUAAAAACAUUAGUGAAUUGUG